GUGGUAGUGCGAUUACUAUUAUUUCAUUUCCAAUUCUUGAAUCGUUCAAAACUUCAUCACUUAUAUACGGUGCUUAUUGUAGUUUUAUACAAUUUAAACGCAAAUAAAGAAAACUAAAAAUAUAGAAAUAAUAUAAUGGCUGCCGAAGGAGAGGUUAAACUUUACUCACGCGAGGAAAUCUCAAAACACAAUUCAAACAAAAACACUUGGAUGAUAAUCCAUAAUAACGUGUACGAUGUGACUGAAUUUUUAAAUGAGCAUCCCGGUGGAGAAGAAGUGCUGAUCGAACAAGGCGGCAAAGAAGCUACAGAGAAUUUCGAAGAUGUCGGUCACAGCUCUGAUGCGCGCGAAAUGAUGAAAAAAUACAAAAUCGGCGAACUAGUCGAAUCCGAACGUACGAAUGUGCCUCAGAAGAGCGAACCCUCAUGGAACGCGGAUCAGAAAACAGAAGACUCAUCCAUGCGUUCAUGGCUAGUGCCAUUGGUACUUGGUUUGGUGGCUACAAUUUUAUACAGAUAUUUCUUUAAAGUGUAAAUUUUGCAAAAAAAAAAAGUAAACAAAAAAAGCGUGCAAACAACAAAUAUUUUUACGAUUAAUUUCCUUCGUCGUUGCGUUGUAAAGUUUAUUUAAGAAACCAUUCCCUUUAAUUAAUUAGUAAAAGGAAGUGUCUGCAUUUAUGCCUAGAGAUGCACAAAACCGUACCAAAACAGGAAGGAUAAUUUCAAAAUAUUUUGCAUACAAAUGAAAAGUGUAUAAUGGUUGCUGCUUGCUUAAUAGAUAAAUUUUACCAUAUGUAAUUUUUUAAAGAGAAAAAUGUAAAAAUUUAUUAUACAUAGUAUGUUUAUAUUCUAUUGAUGAGGAAAUUAUACAAAUAAAUAUGUAUAAGUACUUGGGUAUA